AUGCCGAAUACCGACGCAACAUGCAACACACAAUAUCCUUACAUUUACUGUAACGGAGCUAGUUCGGCCUAUUGUACGAGAGAACUUUGCUUAGAAGAAAACGAGUGUAACAAUGAAGCUGUUGCUGAAGUACCAUCUGCUCCUGCUCCAGCUAUAACACCAGGAACAACUGCACCGGCACCUGCAACAACUGCACCGGGGUCUGUUCCAGUGGUAACACCACCAACAGUUGCACCUUCAACAGCUCAACCGAUAACACCACCAACAGUUGCACCUCCAUCAGCUCAACCGAUAACACCACCAACAAUUGCACCGGCACCAGCAACAACUGCACCGGCACCGGCUCUACCGAUAACACCACCAACAGUUGCACCGGCACCGGCUCAACCGAUAACACCACCAACAGUUGCACCGGCACCGGCUCAACCGAUAACACCACCAACAGUUGCACCGGCGCCUGCUCAAACUACAACCGAAACUACGGCUAUUAUUAGAGAAAAAUGCACAACUAACAAGGAAUUUUCUGUACCCUAUAUUGGCAAUUGCCGUUAUUUUUACCAUUGCGUUAAUGGCUAUUUUGGAAUUGGAGAUUGCGGUUUCAACAUGUACUUCGAUGUAAACGAAAGCAACUGUAAGAUUAGAACACAAACGAGCUGUCAAUAA